GCCCACAAUCUAUCAAAUAAUUCAUGUAUACGACGAGACCUCAACCUUUGAAAGCGAACUAAGGGGAGCGACUUUAAAUGAUGCUAUUGUCUUUUCUUAUCAAGUGGAAGAUUUAUUGUACAGUGACGAGUUGGAAGUGGGCAAAUCCACUGGCAUCGCUUCAAGUUUAGGGACUUAUAGAAUUGGACGAAAUGGAAGUUUGGAAGACGAAAGCAUGCAAUGGAAUGCACGAGCUACCAACUCGAUUCUAGUCAAGUGGCUGUGCCCCAUGCCCUUUGUAGGGGCAAUUCUUGGUGCGGUGAUCUCGUGGCCUUUGCUGACCUACGUCGGGCGCCGAGGAAGCAUCAUGCUCACUCUGCUGCCCACCGCACUUGGUUGGCUCAUAGUUGCAUUCAGUCACAACUUUGCUACGCUGCUCGUCGGGCGCCUCCUAAUUAACCGGGAUAUGCAUGAGCUGGUACAACGUCUUCAUCAACACCUACAUCGGCGAGACCGCAUCACCGGACAUCCGAGGAAACUUAGGAUCAAGCUUCCAAAUAUCAUAUGCGCUGGGAGUGGUGUACUCGUACGUCCUGGGAAUGUGCCUGCCGUGGCAGCAACUCGCUUUGACGUGCCUGGGACCUCCUGUUGCGUGCACGCUGCUGCUUUCCUACUUUCCCGAGUCCCCGACUUUCCUUUUACUCAGAAAUAGAACCAACCAGGCAAAAGCAGCGCUUCAAACAUUCAGAGGCCGCAAUGUUAACAUAGAAGAAGAGUUUGGGAAGCUGCAGCAGUUAGUCCACUCGAACGCUACACAAGAAUGGUCGUGGUCACUCAUCACACAGGCAACUGUGUACAAGCCUCUGCUCAUUGUCGGGUUGGCCUACCUCGCACGAGCGUCUUCAGGUGUAAAUGGCAUCGAGUCCCACAGCAGCCUUAUUCUUAAGGCGGCCAGAGGAGCGUUGCCAGACCAGCUUAGCGCGACGUUAUUCAUCGUGUUCUCCACCGUCUCCUGCUUCAUCGUUAAUUUUAUAAUCGACUCAGUCGGGAGGAAGCCGCUGCUGAUCGCUUCUGCGUCUGGCGUUAGCAUAUGUCUAGGAAGCUUGGCGCUCUACUUGUACAUCUUGGAGAAGGCUGGCGAGCAGGCUGUGAAGAUCGUAUCCUGGCUACCGCUACUCUGCCUCACGGUCUACGGCGUGGCCUACAACAUCGGCUACGGCUGCGUGACUGGUGUUCUCUUAGGGGAAAUGUUACCGCCAUGGUUCAAGGAACGAGCCGGUGCGAUAACGAUGCUCACUACAAAUACCAUGCACCUGUUGAUGGUCAUUUUGUUCAGCCAAAAAGAGGACUCGCUUGAAUCCUACGGCUUAUUUUUAGCGCUGGCUGCUCUCAACACUGCCGCAGCAAUACUGAUUGCGUUGUUCGUCAAAGAAACAAAAGGGAAAACACUGCAAGAAAUAUCAGAGCUUUUCGAAAAGCGUCCAAAACUUAUUGAAUACGGAAGUAUUGACCGUUGACUCCAAUUCGCCAUCCUCCUUCAUCAAAACUUCCCACGAGCGACAAAACUUGGACCCAUACAUAUCGCUUUUGCAAUAUUCGUUGCUUGUUGUGUGAUUUUCUGUGGCUUACUCAGCUAUUUCUUGGACAUAAAUCUAUCGUACAGUGCCAUGCUGUAAUUCAAGUUACGUUUUUUAGGCCACUGUAAUAAAUUAAGAAGUGAUUUCAG